UAGGAGCGUAGGCGCCAGAGGUGGUAUAAGGACGCUGUGCAUUAUUCAUACAUUUGUUUUCCUCUUUGUAACACAGACGAGUAAUCAACAUGGGUGACAGGUUACUGUUAUUAGCACAAGUGGUGCUUAUCGGCUUCCUACAGGUUGGCGUUGAGGCGAACCGUUAUGUGAACUACUAUCCUCGAAGUUACUACGGUCGCAAUCUAUACGAACAUGGGCGGUCCAUUUCUGAUAACCAGGUGACUUGCGGUCCACACACGUGUGGUGUGGGCGCUCAUUGCAUACACGGUAGUGUGAGGCCAGUGUGCGCCUGUCUGGCUGGAUACUCGGGAGAUCCAUUGUCACAGUGUAUCAAAAUUGAAUGUCUAGACAGUAGCGAAUGUCGUGACUUCCAGACAUGUGUGAACCAGCACUGUGUGAACCCUUGCGAUGGAACUUGUGGUGUUAACGCAAAUUGUGAGACUCGGAACCACGUCCCUGUGUGUUCAUGCCCUGCAGGUUAUACAGGGGAUCCAUUUUCAGUCUGCCGAAUUGCUGAUCCUGAGGAAGCUUGUCACCCGUCACCGUGUGGACUCAACACAAAGUGCCACGUCGCUAACAAUCAGGCCAUAUGCACAUGUUUGCCAGGAUACAGAGGCAGUCCAUUAAGCGGCUGUCGGCAUGAAUGUGAAUCGGACGGAGAAUGUGGUGGGUCUCAAUCGUGCCGGGACUUCAAAUGUGUGAGUCCAUGCAGCGAUUGUGGAGUCAACGCCGACUGCGAAACUGUUGCCGCGCAUCGUGCUAUUUGCAAGUGUCCUAGGGGCUACCACGGUGACCCAUACCGCAUCUGUUCAGCUGAGUGCACAUCGGACGGUGAAUGCCCAAGCUACAAGCCCGCUUGUGUAUACAACGCUUGCAUCAACCCUUGUUUGAACGCCUGCGGUGUGAACGCGGACUGCAACCUCCGUGGACUGACCCCCGUCUGUUCCUGCCCUAGGAAUAUGACCGGCGAUCCAUUCACAUUCUGCAGGCCUUUCGAAGCUCGUGACUUGUGCGAACCAAACCCUUGCGGCGCGAAUGCGAAAUGUACUCCGGGACACGACCGCACCGGCGCUGAGCGGCCCGUGUGCACCUGCCCUACUGGAUAUAUCGGGAACGCACUCGUAGCUUGCGAGAAGGGUGAAUGCGAGUUGGACUCGCAGUGUUCGGACAACCUGGCGUGCGUGGGUUACCGCUGCGUGGACCCGUGUCUCGGAAACACUCAGUGCGGCUCUGGCGCUGUUUGCAUGGCCCGCAGACAUCUUGCUGUCUGCACCUGUCCCACUGGUUAUAACGGAGAUGCUUUGGUCAACUGCUACGAGUCUCGAUCGGUGGCGGCCUCUACUCGCUAUUAUCGUUACAAGAGACACGGCGGCGGCGAGUCCACGUCGGACGAUACGAACGAGACCAGUCAUGCGAGCGAGUCCAAGGAACAAUCCGAAUCUGAAGUACUUAACGACGCAGUUCCAGCAGUCGCCGCAAAAGACGACACUAAUAAAACCGAAAUCAUCGAUAAGAAGGCGUAAUCAAUACGCAGUAAUGGUAACAGAUUGAACAAAAAAAAUGUAUUAAUACGAAUUACUAACGUGAAUUUUCAAGCAAGUCAGUAUAGAAAGUAGCAAUACAUAAUUAUUUUUUCUUGGUACCUACUUAAAUCAUUAGCGUAUAAACUCAGUUUGUAAUUUAUUUUACUUACUGAUUUCAAAAUAGUCAACCUUAAAGCCUCUCUAUGGAUGCGUACUUGAAGUAGGUAUAUAUUUUCAAUUAACUAUUACUGCCAUAUUUAUAUUAAGAGAUCUUAAUAAAACAUUGUAAGUUUGUAAUUAAUGAUUUAGGAUGAAUGAAGUGUCAUUAGUAAUGUACAGUUAAUAAUUUUAAGUUAAGUGUGUGUAUGAAUAUUACUAUUGUAAAACAUAAUACGUAAUAAAAAGUACUAUAUAAACAAUU